UGUUCUCAUUUCCGAACACAAUAUCCGUUGUUUAAGGUGAAAAGGAAAAAAAGAAAAAAGUUGUGCAGUGAGGAACGCGAAGACGCGAGAUAGGGAAUAGGCGACAGUGCGUUUGGCUGCCCCCAGCAAUCGAACUCCUUGUGCUCCUCGCACCUCAUUCUCUCUCUCUCUCGUAUCUGCAACUUCAACUAACUAACUUUUAUGAAGCCGAAGGCGUCAGUGAAUCGACCCCCAACACCAGAUGUGGUCGAAAAUGUCCCUGAAAGAGAACCCACGCUUCAAGAGCUCAUCAACAUCAAGUUGAUCGAGACUGGAGAGAAGGAGCGCCUCAUGGAGCUGUUGAGGGAAAGGCUUGUUGAUUGCGGUUGGAAGGAUGAAAUGGAAACUCUCUGCAGAGCUGUUGUGAAGAAGAAAGGGAGGAAUAAUGUUACUGUUGAUGAACUUGUACAUGUAAUCACUCCAAAGGGACGAGUCUCCAUUCCUGAUUCCGUAAAGGCUGAGUUGUUGCAGAGGAUUCGAACAUUUCUCGUGUCUGCUGCUCUUUAAGAAUCUUCAUGGCUUGGUCAGUGUUAGCCUCACCAAUAUGCUGUAAAGACUAUGGUUGGAAGUAGUAAGAACUGCACGCAUUUGUACUGGGUUUUAUUUGGUGGGAGGGAGAUGACUAUUUCAUGUAAAACCAUGAUUAUUUCACUCCUUUCAAUAUAAAUUUGAGAAAUAAUUUUUUGUACCAAAUUGUUAAUAUGUAACAGCCUCAUUCCUCGCACUUAUUUUGGGCGUUUAUAUAAACUACAUCUUGUUACACA